AUGAUCAUCAUUGCUACAGUCAUUUAUUCUGAAAAACGUGCCACAGUGGGCACACUUGAUUUCGGCUAUCUGGGAGCACACAACAUGUCAAGUCAUCCAAGUCUAGGAGAGCUGCAGCAGAUGGUGAAGGCUGUCAUCCCUCCACUCUCCUACAACAGACACAAGGGACAGGCCGGCCGGGUUGGUGUCAUUGGCGGCUGUCGGGAAUACACUGGAGCGCCAUAUUAUGCUGCGAUCUCUUCAUUGAGAGUGGGAGGAGACCUUGCCACCGUCUUCUGCACUCGAGAUGCUGCCACUGCCAUCAAAUCCUACAAUCCAGAACUGAUAGUCCUACCUUACUUAGAUGAAGGUAAUGCAGUGGCCAGUGUUACUGCCGUUCUGCCCAGACUUCACUCCCUUGUCAUAGGGCCAGGGCUCGGCCGAGAUACUGCUGUCCUAACAACUACAACAAAAAUCAUCGAGGCAGCAAAAGGAAGAAACAUGCCAGUGGUGAUAGAUGCUGAUGGGUUGUUCCUGGUGACAGACAAUCCUUCAGUUAUCAAGAAUUAUAGAAAAGCCAUUUUAACUCCUAAUAAAGUGGAGUUUGGUAGACUGUAUGAGAAAGUGGAUGCCAUUCACACUGUUGUUGUGGAUGCCAUUCACAUUGUUGUUGUAGAUGCCAUUCACUUUGUUGCUGGGAUGCCAUUCCCAUUGUUGUUUGUGGAGAGGAAGCCGAACCCUGAGAACCCUGUUGUCAGCCUGAAACAACUGUGUCAGCAACUUGGGAACGUGACCAUUGUCCAGAAGGGUGAGAUGGACGUCAUCUCUGAUGGGAAGAACGGUAAGGCUUGA